AUGCUUGACUUGUCGGCCCUUUUUCGAAGCCAAGGGACAAGGGCUUUUGUAACGCACUAUCAAGAGCCGUCUCGUCGCGUGCCUUCCACGCACGAGGUCGACUACCGUAAUUCCGUAUUGCCUCGGACAAGGCCAGGUGGGUUGUGUGCAAAUGCGCUACACUUGCAUUGGCAACAAACCCUCGUGGUCGACAGCCACGCCCCCAGCUCCAGGAGUUCUAGCAUUCUGAACACAUACAUGUCGUUCAUUGCCCAGGGAUUGUCCCCCGCCUCCCCCGUGCACUUGACCUGCGGUGUUGUGGACGCCGGGACAAAAGCUUGCAUGCCCCUUCGACAGUCUCAAAUGAUAUGUUUGGGGGAAAGCAACCUUGCCUUGCGGCUGUGGACGAUCCCCCGAUCUUACAACUCCCGCAGGAAGACCCCCGGUUGCUAA